ACAUACCGCUUUUAUAACCCUAUUACUUCACUCACUUGAACCAUUUGCGGAAACAAGAACCGGCGCAAGCUGCAUCUUGUAAAAGCAUUUAAAACCCUAAUUUCUUUGUCUUUGUGUUAUCAUAUGUUUGAAGGAACUACACCCACAUCUUCCAAAAAGAUCAGAUUUUGAUCUUGUUUGUAGGUACAAAUUCAACACCGAAAGAGGAAAACAUGAAUACGUUUUCGCAUGUUCCUCCUGGCUUUCGGUUCCAUCCCACUGAUGAAGAACUUGUGGACUACUACCUUAGGAACAAGAUUAACUCGAGCGCAAUUGAAUUAGACGUCAUCAAAGAUGUAGAUCUUUACAAAAUUGAGCCAUGGGAUCUUCAAGAACUAUGCAGGCUAGGUACAGAAGAACAAAGUGAUUGGUAUUUCUUUAGUCAUAAAGAUAAGAAGUACCCAACAGGUUCUCGCACAAAUAGAGCUACUGCAGCUGGAUUUUGGAAGGCGACCGGAAGGGAUAAAGCUAUCUACUCUAAGCAUGACUUGGUUGGGAUGAGAAAGACAUUGGUCUUUUAUAAGGGUCGUGCACCUAACGGUCUAAAAUCGGAUUGGAUCAUGCACGAAUAUCGCCUUGAAACUGAUGAAAAUGCAACCACAACACAGGAAGAAGGGUGGGUGGUAUGUAGGGUGUUCAAGAAAAGACUACCAAUAAUGAGGAGAGCAAGUGAGCAUGAACCUAUGUGGUAUGAUGAUCAUCGAGUCUCGUUCAUGCCCGAAAUCGACUCUCCAACGCAAAACAACAUUAGAUCCAGCUUAGGUGAUCACCAUUACCCUUAUGGUACUUGCAAGAAAGAACUAGAUCAUCUACAAAGUUACCAGAUCACUCCAAGCCAUUGCCUCCAACUCCCUCUUCUAGAGGGUCCAAAACUUCACUCAACCGGCAAUUCUUCCAUACCCAUUUACGGCAUCGACAUAAACGAAGGAAGCAGUAGCUCACAGCCUGCCUUUCUCACACAAGACCAUAACAACACCAUCCAACAACAGCAAGGCCAAAACUUUAACGAUCAACAGACAGAUUGGCGCGUUCUUGACAAGUUUGUUGCAUCACAGUUUCUUAACCAAGGUGAGGUUUCAAUUAAGGAAAAUCAUGAUCAAUCUUACCCAGAUGCAGAAGAGCAAAUUAUUGAACCAGAAGAUGCAUCAAAUUCCAUCUACGGUGACCGGAUAGAUCUAUGGAAAUGAUUGAGAAAUAUAUCCCUGCUUUAUUGAAAUUAUUAUUAACUCUUAUUAUUUCUUGUACAUAAUAAGGAACGAAAUGUGCCUUAUUAACUCGUUUACUUA